GCAACGUCCCAGCCGCUUGCGAACUGUUGGUCACCUGGAGACGCGUCUCCUCCCUCCCAGCAGACCGGUGACCGCCGCCCGGCGCAGCGUCAGACAGGCCGGGCUCAGACUCCGCUCCCUGGUACUACACCGCCGCCUGACUGACCGUGUGCCGGUGCUGCUGGGAGCAGUGGGUGGUGUGACGGUGCCCCCAGUGUGGGGUGUUCUCGCAGUGCGGUGGGUGGGGCCUGUGUCCCAGGCUGCUCCCCCCCCCCCGACACCGACCCCUCGGGAGCCUGCUCUGCUGCUGCCUGACUGGGAGCGGAGGAGGAGGCGGCGGCGGCGGGGCCGAGCGUGCUGCUGUGUGAGGAAGUGACGGGCUCGGGGAUGCCGGGGCGCUGCCUCACUGGACGCCCGGGAGCCGAGAUAGCGGAGACUGUGGGGGAUCAGCAGUCCGAAUCCGGAGAUCAGGUCACUGCUCCCCGCUGGCCUCUCCCUGCCCAGCCGCCAUGUUAACCCGAAAACCCUGUGCGGCUGCCGCGGUGCACCCGGCCGGCAGAGGAAGUGAAGGUACUAGUCAAUUGCAGCCAUCUCCAGCAUUGCCACGGUCUGCAGCCGGAACAGGACCACCAUCGCCUGUAUCAUUGCCACCCCUCAGAACCAGCAACACAGUGCACACGAUUGGAGUCAAUAAGCACACAAUGAGCGAACAUCUGCAUGUUGGUAGCCACGGGCAGAUCCAGGUACAGCAACUGUAUGAAGAGAACAGCAACAAAAGGACUGUCCUGACAACACAACCAAAUGGGCUCACCACUGUUGGUAAAACUGGAUUACCUGCUGUUUCAGAAAGACCGCUAGAAAGCACACACCGGAGACAAGGAAGUUCUAGCUCUUUGAAAUCUGCAGACGGGACAACCAAAGUGAAGUCUUCUUCGUUAUCCCCAGAACAAGCAAUGAAGCAAUACAUGCAAAAACUGACCGCUUUUGAACACCAUGAAAUCUUCAAUUACCCUGAAAUAUAUUUUUUGGGUCCAAAUGCAAAGAAACGUCAAGGUGUGAUCGGUGGCACAAAUAAUGGUGGCUAUGAUGACGAUCAGGGCUCAUAUGUGCAAGUGCCACAUGAUCAUGUUGCAUACCGUUAUGAAGUUCUCAAGGUUAUUGGGAAAGGAAGUUUCGGCCAAGUUGUGAAGGCCUACGAUCACAAGCUCCAUCAGCAUGUGGCAUUAAAAAUGGUGAGAAACGAAAAACGUUUUCAUCGACAAGCAGCAGAAGAAAUCCGAAUUCUGGAGCACCUUAAAAAACAGGAUAAAGAUAACACCAUGAAUGUCAUCCACAUGUUGGAGAACUUCACAUUCCGCAAUCAUAUCUGCAUGACGUUUGAGUUGCUGAGUAUGAACCUCUACGAGCUGAUAAAGAAAAACAAGUUUCAGGGCUUCAGCCUGCCUUUAGUCCGCAAGUUUGCGCACUCCAUUUUACAGUGCUUGGAUGCUUUGCACAAAAAUAGAAUAAUCCACUGUGACCUUAAACCUGAAAAUAUUCUGUUGAAGCAACAGGGUAGAAGUGGCAUAAAAGUCAUAGAUUUUGGCUCUAGUUGUUAUGAGCAUCAGCGUGUUUACACAUACAUACAGUCGCGCUUUUAUCGAGCUCCAGAGGUAAUUCUUGGUGGUCGCUACGGUAUGCCUAUCGACAUGUGGAGCUUGGGUUGUAUUCUAGCAGAACUGUUGACUGGCUAUCCGCUCUUACCUGGAGAAGAUGAAGGUGAUCAAUUAGCAUGUAUGAUUGAGUUAUUGGGGAUGCCAUCCCAAAAGCUACUUGAUUCUUCAAAACGAGGCAAGAAUUUUGUCAGUUCCAAAGGUUAUCCUCGUUAUUGCACUGUUACAACCCUGCCAGAUGGUUCUGUGGUACUGAAUGGUGGUCGCUCUAGAAGAGGAAAAUUACGAGGUCCCCCUGGAAGCAGGGACUGGGUAACUGCUUUGAAGGGCUGUGAUGAUCCCUUAUUUCUUGAUUUUCUGACCCAAUGUUUAGAAUGGGAUCCUACUCUGCGCAUGACCCCCAGCCAGGCUUUGCGGCAUCAUUGGUUACGUAGACGUUUGCCCAAACCUCCAACUGGGGAAAAGACCUCAUCCAAAAGCUCUGGUGCUAUAACAUCAAUUUCUAAGUUACCUCCUACAUCGGGCUCAGCUACAAAACUAAGAACUAAUUUGACCCAAAUGACUGAUGCCAAUGGAAAUAUUCAGCAAAGGACAGUGUUGCCAAAGUUGGUUAGCUGAUCUCAUGAACAUUUUUCAUUGAACACCUUGCUGAGCCUUAUGCAUAAAGCUCAAAUACAGAACAUUUACAAAUGUUCUGUUUAUAUCAACAAUUAAUCUGCAGCAGUUGUACUUUAUUUUCUUUUUUAGUGACAAUGCAAUUUUGUAUUUAAACAAUGGGGACGAUGCUUUAAGGCUUUUAAUUAUUAUUAUUUUUUAAUUAUAAUUGGCUUUGCUUAGAAAGUGUCAACAUCAGUGGCUGGCCACUGACUAUUGCUUGACUGUUAAACAUAAUAUAUUGGUGUCAGGAGUUUUAGCCACCAGUAAUUCAUUUUUAAAGUAAUGUUUUAAAUGCGAUGAGAAACUGAUUCCACGGUUUGUUUUUGUAUUCUGCACAUUGUACAGUUGCACAUUAUGAUGCAUCUUUGCGCACACUUGGAAUUAAUAAUUUCUUUGGUAUAAGUUUUUAAAAUACUUUACAGGUGUUGAUGUAGAUAACAACAUGUUUUUGAGCAUGUUAAUAACAUACAGGGUUGUACACACGUUAACAACUAGUAUGUAGAUUACGCACAUAGAUAGUGAAAUUUCAUAUUUGCUUUCUGUACCAAAUUGUUUUAAAGUACCCACAACACUUUUGUAACCUAGUCAAAAUAUGCAAUUAUAAUUUUAUUUGCAAUAUUACAAACCUAGUAAUCAUUAAUUCUUGUGGGCAAAUGUGGCAUUCAGCACCUGAAAAAUGCUAAACUGUUACUUAGCAAAAAUAUGUAUAUUUGACAUUUUAAAAAAUAAACUAUAGGCGGGAUGUAAUAGCAUCCGAGUUUGCCGGAGGUGCGGGAUAAUGGCCGAACUUUAAUUUUUUUUUUUUUUUUUAUUGUUUUUAAACCAAGGCAUGGUUUUGCCUUGUAAAUGACUGCUGCUUUAAAAAAACGUCUGAGUUUAGCCGCUAUCCCGCAGUUCCGGCAAACUUGGACGCUAUUACAUCCUGCCUUAUAGCGGAGAGCAUUGGGUAAGCCCUACAUACCCAAAGCCAAGUAUAUUCCAAAUGCCUAUAUAAAAAAAGUACUGGAAAGAGUAAUAUUUAAUACACAUUUUAAUACUUACCAGAGUUUUCAUACAGAAAUGCUAUCCAAAGCAGUGUUUGACUGUUAAGCCUUUAUAAUUACACUGUAAACAUCUACUGAUUGGUAAAAAGUGCAUUUAUCCAUA